AUGAUUAGCACUACUUGGGUUGCCCUCGCUCUCGCUGGCCUUGCUGCCGCACAGGACUUCAGCAUUCCCUCUGGAUGGAGUAACCCUAGCACAUCAACCUCCGAGGGAGACCUUGCCACCGACGCUCAGAACCUCAUUGGCACUCUCAGCAUUGACUCCAGCAACGGAGGCGUCCAGGGUCUUGGUUACUGGCAGAGCGCUAACUGGCUCACGGGCAUAGCCAACCUCGACCACUUCAAGAGCCAGACCACUAACCAACAGGCCGUGACCGAUGCCUUGAACGGCGCAUUCAGCUCGUAUGCCAACUAUGACCAAUACGGGUACAACGAUGAUGCAUUGUGGUGGGGUACUGCUGCGUACUACGGCUACCGUGCGUAUGGCGACCAGAACCUUCUCAACAAUGCCAUCGCUACCUGGAAGAAUGUGAACAACUACGUCAUCACCGACGCCGUUGCCAGCUCAGGCAGCCUUAGCAGCAAAAGCUUCAGCAUUGAAGGCAGUUGCAACGGCCAAUCCAUGGUUGGUGGUGUUUUCUGGCGCCCGACAAGCGACGAUCAGUCCGUCAACUCUGUCACCACUGGUCUGUUCGCGACUCUCGGUGCCUACCUCGGCGAGGCAACCGGUGACUCCAGCUACACCACCGCUGCCGCGGCAAGUGCCAACUGGAUCAAGAAUGCGAACACGAACUCUGCCGGUCUCCCGCUCGACACCAUCAACGGCAACAACUGCCAGGUGACCAACUGGGUCUUCACUUACAACACCGGCAAGUACAUCGAGGCGCUCGCCGUCCUCGCCUCUGGUGACAGCAACACGUGGCAGUCAACCUUGGAGAACACCAUCGUCGCUGCGACGAAGAACGCGCCCUGGCAGGGCGACAACGGUAUCAUCACCGAGGGCUCCAGCGACUCUACCGACAACGACAGCGCCGGCUUCAAGUCCGUCCUCAUCCGCGCCCUGCACGAGGCCUGGGCCCGCAACAGCGGCAACGGCGACCUGACCGGUCUCGUCAAGGCGUACACUGACGUGCAGUGGAACGCGCUCGAGAGCCUCGCGUCGACGCAGGGCAACGGCCAGACCUGGUUCUCCACCAACUGGCCCGGCCCCGGCCCGAGUGCCCUCGUCCCUUGGGGCCAGCUCGCCGCCAUCGACGUCUUGGUCUCGGCCACCAACGAGAACUAAGUAACUCGGAGUAUACGCAUGAGGGACAUUGGUAAAUUAUUUAGUUAAAGAUGUAACGCUAGUAGCUAGGGCAGCUUCUAUGCUGUGGGAUAUGAGGCUAGUUAGAGCUC